CAAAACUCGUGCUGCGGAUAAGGUCGUGUUGCUGCAAAAACGGCCUGGCAGACGCAUUCUAGUGACUCUGCGUCGCAGCGACCGGUCGGCGCGAGCGCUGUUUGAGCCACGCGGGCAACGGUGCAGCCAGGAGCGCAGCAGAGGCCUCGCCGCGGCGCGCUGACGCCGCCGCGAUGCGCGCGCACGCGGUAGCAUGCCUGCUCGUGUUGAGCGCCGCGGCAAUGAACAAGCCACGCGCCAGCAAAGCCCUGACACCGCGCGAGUUCGAAAAGCAAAGACGCGAGCGGAGCCUCGCGACGACCAAGCGGGCAAUGGCCGCCGAGGAUCUAGCAGACGCGAAGGCACCAGGCACGCUACGCCUCUGCGUCCGGGCCGUGUUUUUGUGCUGGGCCUUUUUACCCGCGACGCUCACGUUUUGGCUCGCGUUCUUCCUAGGGCCCUUCAGAAGGCGCCUCUGGUACCCUUUAUUGACGUGGUGCCUAGGACGGGCCGGCGCCUGCUUCGUCAAGUGGGCGCAGUGGUCCGCGACGCGGUCGGAUCUGUUCCCCGUCGCGCUCUGUAACUCGUUAGCGGGCCUGCAAGCGGGCGCGCCAGCACAUUCGAGGAGGCAUACUAAAAAACUGGUCGAGGACGCUAUUGGAUGUUCGAUCGACGACUACUUCGACUCCUUCGAACGGAAACCUAUUGCUUCUGGUAGUAUCGCGCAAGUCCAUCGGGCCACGCGCAAGGGCCAGGUCUUGGCAGUCAAAGUAAGGCACCCGAAAGUAGGGACGCGCCUGCGCUUGGACGUGACUUUACUCGCGUUCGGCGCUAGAUGUCUGGAGGUCUUCCCGCCGUUGCGAGCGUUGCGGCUGUCGGACACCGUGGCGCAAUUCGGCGACACGUUGGCCCAGCAGUCGCGACUCGACCACGAGGCCCAAGAACUGCGCGGCUUCCGCUCUAGAUUCCGACGGUGGGGUGAUGUAGAUUUUCCGAGACCCACGCUCGAGACGCCUUCGGUACUCAUCGAGUCCUUUUUGCCCGGGGAAUUAGUUGUGGGCAUCGCGAAGCGCGCGAGGAACUUCGACGACUUGAAACAGGGUUUAGAUAGAAAAACGGGCGCUUACUUAGUCACGAGGGGCGAAGACCUCUACCUCAAAAUGCUAUUGGAGGACAAGGUGAUGCACGCGGAUUUGCACCCCGGCAAUCUGUUGUAUGACGGCGAGAUCCUCGUAUCGUUAUCUAUUUUAUGGGGUCUCAAUAUAAGGCAAGCAAGGGCCAUUUCAGUAGUGGAUGCCGGUAUGGUAUCACCUUUGACACAUAGCGAGUCGGACAGGUUUGUCGGUUUGAUCGAGGCGAUCGGCGCUGCCGAUCAUAGAGCAGCGGCGAAGAACCUGCGAGCCUUCGAUCCGGCGAACGCGAAGAACCUGAGCAGGGAGCAGGUCCGCGCUUUCGACGAUGAGGUCCGAACUUUAUUCAGGGAGAAGUGCCGGGGCUAUGGCACGGGCGUGGACUUCGGAGAUGUUGUUCGGGGUCUGCUGGAGUUGGUGCGGAAGCAUCGGGUUAGAAUAGGCGCUCAGUACGCUACUUUAGUGAUCAACGCGCUGUGUUUGGACGGCAUGGCCGGCGACUUAUUACCGGGAUAUUCUGUCUUGGACGGCGCUAGGCCGCUGUUGAGUGCCCACCGGUGGUUCGUGUCCAGAGGCAUUCCGGUGCUGGGGCCCUUCGUCUUCCGGCGGCUGUGCCUGCCCGUGGCGUGGCGGCUGAAGGGCCUGUAUGACGCGGUCGCCGUGCGCCAAUUCUUAUGAUGAACUAAUAUCAGGU